AUGAGGGCGAAGGCUUGGCGUUUAAGCGACCCCGGCUUAGCAGUGAGCAGACGACUUCGGCCUCUAGCCCAGUACUUGCAAUGCAUCAAGGAGGAUAUUGUUGUGGUGAAGAGGUUGGUGGAGCGUCGGCGUCUACCGUUGAGAGGCCUCUCUUUGGCGCAGCAGUGCAAUAAUGACCAAUCCGACAUCACCACAGCCGAAGAGCAUUUGGUCUUCUUGGAGGGCCUCAGGGACCACGGCCGUGAUUGGACUAUUAUUACGAGCAACAUACCUACUCGAACCAACAAGCAAGUGAGGUCUCAUGCUCAGAAGUACUUCCAGGAUUUAGACCGCCGUCUGCAGGACCAACAGGACCCAGGUCGAGUGGUUCAGUCGAGACUGUCGCAAUCACAAGGAUUGGUACAACAACAGGAGAGCAAUAAUAACAGCGCUAAUCAAGCAAAGGAGCAACUUGCAAUAGAAGAGCUUCUUCGGUCACUGACUGUAGCCCAAGGGACACAGAACCUAUCAAAGCACACAGAAAGGGUUGAUGAAAACUCGGCAUGGAAUCCGCGACCAGCGGGAGCUACGGUGAGCACAUGUCCACAUGAGAGUGCUGGUGAAGCGGUUCCCGCUACAGCUCAGGCUACGAUGAGGCCCGCCGCAUCGGGAGCGGUGUGUCCCAGUAACCUAGAGUUGGCUGCCUUGGCCGCAGUAGCAGCGAACCUUACAUCCAAACGAGGAGUGUCAGACGUGAAUGCUCAUGGCACGGCGGCCCAGCCGUUCGUCCAAGGCCUCGACCUUUCUGCUAUUGCAGCUGCAGCUAGUGCCAUUUCAUGUGCUCCUGCUACGCCCCCACCGCCAGCACCACAAGAAAAAGCUUCCGCAACUACUAGGCCUGGCAGUGGCGAGCAAGCAUCCAGCAGCAGCCUGCAGACGGCUCGUGAUAUCGGCCUGCUCACAGGAGGAGAUGUCCUCGCCAUGGACAACCACCUCACUUUUGUUGAUAAUAUGAGGAGUAUACUUCACCAUUUUUUGAGUGCCUUACCUCCAGCUAGUGCGGCGUAUGAGGAGGUCUCCGCCUGUCUAAAGGACGUUGAGGCUCAUUUACAUGAGUGCCGAGCAUGGGCUCCUAUAAUGACGGAGAAGCUGCACUCGACGGGUCAGCAGCUGUAUGCGAGGACCUCCAUGUUAUUUGAUAAGUACAUGAACAGCAAUAACAGCUCCCUAAAGGGGACAAGCCCCAGCAACAAUGACGGAAUCCAAGGGCAACCUUGUCAUACAUCCAAUCAACAGUUCUUUCCUGUUGCCGGCGAAUCCAAUUGCCCCAUCUCGACUGAAUGUGCUGGUUGGCAGCAGACUGCUGUGGUUCCUGUUGCUUCUUCCGAGUCACCCGAGCGUGGUCCAUUCUAG